UAAAAAGGAUGAGGAGGGAGGGAGGAAGGUGGGGGUGGUUAUUCCAGGAGGAAUGAAGACGGUAGUUUAGUGCCGAAAAAGGGGCCUCCUUUCCUCUUUCUUCUCUUCCUCAUCCGCUCUCCUUGCCCAGCAUCAAUCGGGACCAAAUCCGGAGGAGAAGAAUAUGCCAGUUUGUGAGUAAAGCUUUUGUCUUUCAGCUGGGAUCUUUGUGUUUGUGGGUUAAAUUUUUGAGGCAGUUUCUUGUUUCCGAUGUCUCUGUGUUCCGCCCUCUUCUACUUUUCCCCCCAAUAAUAGAGCAUUCUUGGAAUCUCUAUGAUAAGAUUGAUAGGUUACAUUUUUCGCCAUCUAGAUCGACUCUUCGUCGAUUUUGGCCCGGAAGCAUUUCAUAAAAGGGCUAAAGGUUCAAUUUUUAUUGUAUACCGAACGAUGCAAACGAUGUGUAAACAUUGAUUCUAGAAUCGUUUUGUGUAGAGAAAAAAAAAACAAAGGUUUCAGUUUUAGUUGUUGCGGUGUGGUUGGUUUUUCAUUUUUGAUCCGGUGGAUCAUUUCUUGUAAAGGGAAUAGGGAUCUCAAAAUGUGCCCCGCUGGGAAUUAGGUUUUCUCAUUUGGUUUGGAAUUGGGAGAUAUGUUGGAAGACCGCCAUUAUUUGAUCUCCAGGGUGUUUGAGGGCAGUUCUGACCAAGAAUCCAAUUGGCAUUACCUGGCUUAUCAUUUCCAUGAGUCCUUGAACACCAAGAAACGGGUAUUAGACGAAGGAUUGGCAGAAGAGGAGGAAGAACGAGGUAAAAGGAAGAAAUCUCUGCACCAACCUGUUAGCCCCGACCCGGGAGAUAUGAAUCAAUCUCUCGACGAUUCUGAUGAUCACACAAGUAAUGAGGCACACGGUAAUUCAAACAUCUUGAACAGGCUCACUGGGGAUUUAAUAAUGACAUGCUUUCUGCACCUUUCUCGGUCUGAUUAUGGUGCAGUUGCAUCCGUCAACCAUGCCUUCCGCUUGAUGAUUCGGGAUCUCUACAAGCACCGACGCCAGCAGGGGAUAUCUGAACACUGGGUCUAUUUCUCAUGCACUGCCCUGCAAUGGCAGGCAUUUGAUCCGUAUCGCAAACGCUGGAUAAAAGUUCCUCCGAUGCCUGCUAGUCUUACUGAAACAUUUACCUUUUCAGACAAGGAAUCGCUUGCCGUGGACACGGAUCUCCUGGUUUUUGGACGGGAGAUGACUUCUUCUGUUGUUUUCAGAUAUAGCAUUUUGAGCAACUCUUGGUCCCCAGGAGUUGUUAUGAACUCACCAAGAUGUCUGUUUGGAUCAGCUAGCCUUGGGGGGAAGGCUAUUAUCGCUGGUGGCAUUACCAAUAACGGCGAGAUUCUGAACUCCGCAGAGCUGUAUGAUUCAGAAACUCGGAAUUGGGAGGCCCUUCCUCCCAUGAAUAGAGCAAGGAAGAUGUGUUCAGGAGUGUUCAUGGAUGGCAAAUUUUAUGUUAUUGGUGGAAUGGCUAAUGAAAGGGAGGUGUUGACAUGCGGGGAAGAGUACGACAUGAAGCGAGGCUCGUGGAAACUGAUUCCAAACAUGUCUGCUGGUCUCAGUGGUGAGAAUGGUGCACCACCACUUGUAGCUGUGGUGAACAAUGUGCUGUAUGCAGCUCGCUACGCUGACAAUGUUGUGAUGAAGUAUAACAAGGAGAAUAAUAAAUGGGAAUGGCUGGGAAAGUUGCCCGAGAGAUCUGACUCAAUGAACGGCUGGGGCAUCGCCUUCCGAGCCUGCGGCGAACGAUUAAUAGUUAUUGGGCGCCGAGGACCUCGCGGAGGGAUGAUUGAAUUAAAUUCUUGGGUUCCGAACGGAGGGCAACCUGAGUGGAAGACUAUUGCCAUUAUGCAAUCUGGUGACUUUGUUUUCAACUGUGCUGUCAUGGGCUGCUGAUUUUCUUCUUAUUUAAGGCAUAAUUGUAUUUUACUUCUUGCAAGAAAGAUGUACAAUGCUGGCUUGUAAGGAGGGGGCAUAAAACACUAAUUUUGCCUAAUUGGUAGUUUCUACCUUCUCUGAUAAUUUGGUUGAGCUGAUGAAUCAAUUGACAUCUGCCACAUCUGUAACAUCAAUUUGCAUAACUUUUUGUAUUCAUUUCUCCCCAUUCAUACACUUUAAGUUGGAAGUAUUCUGUUAAUUUUAUGAAACAGGACAGUGAAUGAAAAUGCUAUUUUGGCUAUUUGUAUCA